UAAUCAUGCUCCUUGAGCUAAACAUGUGAUAAUGAACUCUUCUUUCUCUCGUCACCAAUCUGCAUGCUCAUGUCACUACAAAAAUAGAGGCAGUGAGUAGUAGUAGAAGUAGUUUCAUGUGCAUGGCAGAAGCUUAUUUGAUUUCAUCUGGAGCAGAGUUGUCUCUUGGUGGGGAAUUGAUCAUUAAUUUAAUCGGCACCACCGCGGUCGUGCACCCGGUGUCAAUUUCUGGUCAGAAUGGGGAGCUAUUCCGAGGGUUUUUUCUUCAGGCUCGGAUCAUCAAUACCUCAACCCCAGUUGGAGUAUUCUCUGACCUACCAGCCCUUACCAAGAUAGUAAGUUGCUCUGGGACAUCAGAUGACUCGGUUACCCACACUAGUUCAGAUGACAAAGAGGCGCUAUCAUUCGUAUGGACCGCACCCAAUCGAUGCGUAGGAAGUAUCUCAUUUAUAGGUUCUGUAGCCCUCCAUCAUUCAACUUUCUACGUCAACAUGACGUCAUCAGCACUUGAAUGCAAUGCUGCGGCGAUUAUUCGGGUCAACUUAUACGUGCUGGUUAUUGCUUACAUUUCGACACGUCUGAUCGGUAAAGUGCAUUAGAGAUAACGAUCUUUGUUGUCCUACACUUUUCACUGAAAUUUAUCAUUUUGCAUGACUUUAGUAAUUAUGAUAUUUCACACUGUAUUGUAAAUGGGAAAUGCAAUAAAACCUCGAAAUUAUUUUCUUAUGAGCAUUUGUGACAAUGAAAGGGAGAAUACAACUUGCAAAAAUACCAAAGAUUUUAAUGAACUUUAUUAAGGAAAUGUCCAUGCACCCUGAGAUAAAUGAUAAAAUCGAAUCUAUGCAAAGCAUUAACAUAUAAUACCUCUUUGCAUUUUUAGUAAUAUUUUCAGGUAAUGAUUCUUAAUUUUUGUCACAUUUCGUCAUUUUACGUGGUGACAUGGUACUUAAUCCUUUGUAUGCACCUCUAACUAUGCACCAUUGACAUAUAACCACGGACCUUACAAAGGGUCAAUUAUACAACAUUCCUUUUAAUAUUAGGAGUGAAAGGGGAAAUUAAGUACUACAAUGGCAGGAAAUGAAACCAAAUGAUAUUAUAUUUAAUUCCUUUGUGGAAAAUGACCUUUACGUAUUAGAUGUGAAAAUGUUUGAUACAAUAAU